AUGAUAUUAGAAAAUGCAAAACAAAAUUACAAUCUAAGCAGAUUGGAGGAAACUGACAAUCGUAAUAAAACUGUCAGGGACAUAAUAAAUCUAACAACAGGCAGUUUGGCUUUAGGGAAUACAAAACGACAACAGAUGUCAGUCAAUUGUAUAAGCCAGUCCUUUGAAACUAAACCAGUCAGUACGGUUGGGAAAACAACUAAAACUAAAUUUCUGGGUAUUAUGUUGGACACUAGUCUGUUGUAUACUGACCAAUUGGUUUCCAAUUAUAAAAGAAAAACCAAUAGAGGUGCAUGGAAUGAGAAGAACAUGGAGCGAGCGUUGCAGGCUGUAGCAGAAAAGCACAUGGGUUGGUUAAAGGCUAGCAGGCAUUUCCAAGUGCCCCAGGCAACACUUCGCCGCCGGGCCAUGAAUCUAAAUAAAAUAGCUGUUGGUACAAGAAAGCAUCUUGGCAGACAUGAAACAACCUUAAAUCGAGAACUAGAAGAGGCUCUAGUGGAGCAUAUGCUAGCACUGGAAGCUAGAUUUUUUGGCUUAACGACCGUAGAUGUCCGUAUUUUGGCAUAUGAAUUUGCAGUGAGCAUUUAG